AUGAAGGAAACCACUGUCUGCCUCGACUCCCUCUUCAUUAGAGUUAAUGGAGUGCCUUGCGCAAGUCUUGCCAGCUGUCGGACAAAAACCGGUUUAAAAGCAGGCAUUCGUACGGUGGCCGACUUCGAUGUCGACCUCAUAAGACGGAAGGUCUAUGAAGCACUCAAGGUAGAGCCUUCCAUGGUCCCGUCACUACGUCUACAAGGUCCAUCUGGUGAGAAAUUUUGUUCUGGACUUGAGCUGGAAAUGUUCCUGGCGCAAGUCAAGGGUGGAUAUAUUCCCGUUGCGAUGGAGCACGGCCUUCUGUAUUUGGACUUGGUUCUUGUCGAUGAGGUAGUUGCGCUUUCGGAGAUUCCAGCGCCUAUCAAUCAUCAACCGGAACUUGGGGCUUCUACUGUUGAAGGUUCGUCCAAUGCUGGCGAUGUUAUAGAUGAGGUAGUUGCACGAUCACAGAUUCCAGGAUCUACCAGUCAGCCACGAGCACUGGGCAAAUUAUGCGACCACAACACACCUCGUAAUUCGGUACCUACAGCUAAUCCCUCGCCUGGAGAAAACGAGAUGGGAGUCGAGAUUGAUUCUGGUAUGAAGGAGGCUGAGAUUGCUGAGGAAGCCAAUACGAGCAACGCCAAGCCUGUGGAUAAGGAGAGAAUUGCAAAGGGUGACGGUGUGGAAGUCAACGCCGUUGAUGGCACUCAUCCAGCUUCGACGCGUCAUUCUGCAGGUUCUUUAGUUCGCUACGAGGAGGAUUUAUAUAACAGGGAAAACAAUAUCCGUGGUGGCGCUGUGGACGCUCAUUCUCGCUAUGGUCAGGCAAUAGCUUCGCGACCUAUCCCGGUAGUCCUUCGAGAUCGGGGACAGACAGCAGCUACGUCAUUAUUUGCACGCAAGCGAAAACACGAACACGAUCCUUCUUCGUCUGGCGACAAUUCCACUGCGAAGCGAUCUAAGUCCGUUGGAGUAUCCGAAGAGGUCGUUGACCUCACCCUGGACGACGAUAGUGAUGAUGCCGACAGCAAUGCCAAUUUCGACGUCACGGCCGAUGAUGUGAGGGACGAGGACGAUGAUCAGGCGCGGUUCGCCAGUCGAGUAUCUCCGGCCAAUGGCGGCAAUUCUUAUCCUCACGAUCAAGUGUGCGAGUGGAUGGAUUGCCCCCCGGGCACGACUGAAUUCAUGAUUCCUGGUAUCAAGGUGCCUCUGAAGGACCACCAGGUAGCAAAUAUGCAUUACACAUUUACACGUCCAGACAAUUUUAUCGCAGGCGAAGUGAAUUCAGACGACAUGGGCUUAGGGAAGACGGUGGAGUCGUAUGGGAAGAUUGUCUUUCGCGCCAUUUGUCGUCGGCCCAUGGCUGAGGCGAGAGAGCAGUGGGAGCAGGAGGGGAAGGAGUCUGAUCCGAGUAGCCCCAGGAAGCAUCUUCCAUCUGAUCAAACAGCCGAUAUGACCUGCCCUCGGACUAGGCCUGGUUUUAGGUGUCCUUGCGAGAAGCACGGUCUCUCUUAUCGCAUUGCAAAUAACCACCCGGAUUUCCCCAGCGUCAUCAUCGCGAGUCCAUCGAACAAUAGCCCCGUGAAGAUGAGGUGGACGGUUAUGCAUGACAAGUACAAGAAGUCGCCGUAUUAUCACGACACGGCUGCGGUCGAGCGUACGAAAUGCGACAUAGACGUACAGAACCGAGCUAUUGAGAAAUCUUCACUUUGCGAAAAUAUCAUCAUUGUGAGCUCGAGCAUGACAGCGAAGAGGUUCCUGGAGCAGUACGAGGUCGAAUUUGACGACGAGACUACCAUAGCCGCAUUUGCAGCCGCCUUCGUCGUCAUGGACGAAGUUUCCGAUUAUUGCAAGUCUGACACCUCACCGUUCAAGCUUCUUGAGGCAGUGCGCCAGAGGUCCCCAAAGCUCACCAUGGUUUUGGGGUUGGGUGCCGGUCAACUGCAAGCUGGACCGCGGUCUUGGACAAACUUCGUCCGCCACUUCAAUGCUAGUGCCAAAGCUUUGAAGUGGCAGCAGCACAAGGAUCUCCAGCCAGAAAACUGGGCAAAGGUUUGUACCGACUGGAGUUAUUGUUGCGAUAAAUAUCAACUCCGCAGCAGCUCCAGAAGCUCCAGAUAUGGAGAGGUGUACCGGAGGAGAUUCAAAGGGUUGAAGAAGGUGGCUGGUCCUAUUGUCUGCAGAAUGAUUAUGCAGCGCAAGGCCAUAGACGUAUUAAAUGGACACGUCAUCAUACCACUUCUGCCGUUUCAAACGAAUGUCGUCGAUUUGCCAAUGACCGACCCAAGAUGCUACAGAGUUGCGCAAGUUCUGAUCAGUAACGUUUUGGCCUACGUCGACAUCGUUUAUCAGGAAGCCUUGCAACGGUGGGAAAAUUGGGGAAGGAAGGGUGUGAAGCCAACGAAGCAUAAUACAGCCACUAAGGUGAUUACCAGCUCAAAGGCGUAUGGACAACUUGUUCAUUCAGCAACAUACCCAGGUCUCGCCGUUCUUGUCGACUCAGAAAAGCUCCGUCAAGAUGAUCUUUUAGCUAGUACGCUCAACCCGGCCAUGAAAGAAGUCACUCUUAUGAUCACCAACAAGGGGCAUACCAGAGGCGAGGUUCAGCAAUUGCUGAAGCAGACCCUGUUCUGGCGCCAUCUUCAUUACCUCCGUACCACGUCUCCGAAGUAUGCAGAGCUCAGGGAGAUAAUCAAGAUGAUGACUCAUCGCCAGGACGAUCCUGCCGACACGGAAAACCGGCACAUGCUUGUUUUUACUCGCAACCCUAUCUCCACGUUCAUUACGUUCAUGCUUCUGCACGAAGACCAUCCGGGGGUCGAUAUUGGCAUGAUCCACAGCGGUGUGGAUAUCGGAUGUGAAAGUCAAUCGAAUCCGCAUUGUCGGGGAGCGAUCUUCUCCUGGCUCAAUACAACGGGUGCCAAGCCAAAGAUCCUUGUUGGUUGCCACUCGAUGUUUGCAAAGGGCCCUAACUUGCAGCGGGCGAACUACUGCGUUCAGCUGGAGGUGGCCGAGAAAGUCGGCGACGAGGUUCAAGCAAUGGGCAGGGUUGCAAGACAAGGUCACGAAAGGAUACCUGUGGUAUACACCUUUUUUGAUUCUAGGAAUUGUGCGGAGAUGACAACCAGGAACAAGCACGAGAAUGCGUCCGCGGCAAUCUCUACUCUUCUUGAGUGGAAGCGGGAGACUUCUCUAGGAAUAUCGCGCAGCUAUGCUGGGCAGAGCUAUGCAGGGACUUCAUUGUGCCCGUAA